AUGACCUCGUACAUCACCAAGAAAGUCGGCCGCCGUCUCGCAGGCCAAAACCUCGCCCAGUACGAGCCCGCAGACCCGCACUACGAGACGUACACGGAUGCGAAAGGCAGGCAGAAGAAGCGCAAGCGCGCGAUCCCCGCCGGACUGAGCAAGCGCGAUGAGAGGAUCUUGAGGUCCGUCAGGCGGAGGGCGCAUUACCUCGACAAGGGGUUCUCGUUGUGCGGGUUCAGGUUCGGGUGGACCGCGAUCCUGGGAUUGAUCCCCGGAGCAGGCGACAUCGCGCAAUUCAUACUCGGGUACUCGCUCGUCCUCCGCAAAUGCCGCGAAGCCGAGUUGCCCGCAACUCUUGCACAACGAAUGCUCUUCAACCAACUCGUCGGCCUCGGCAUCGGUUUAAUCCCCCUUGUAGGGGACAUCACAAUGGCCGUAUGGAAGGCCAACUCGCGCAACGCCGCACUACUCGAAGAAUUCCUCCUCCGCCGCGCCCAAUCCUCAUCCUCCUCCACCUCCGCCACCUCGGGUGCUCAUCAGUUGACGGCAGCAGAAGAAGAAGAACUCGCGAACCAAGCCCUGGUGGCGGGUCGGAUCGAUAAGCGGACGGGUGAGCCUACUGCUUCUACCGCGGAUUUGGUGGGAGCUGGAGGGACGGGGGCUGUGGGAGGGGAGGGUGAAGGAGCGCGAGCGGCUGCGGAGGCGAGCCGCGCGAGCGGAACUGGUGCGGGAGGGGGACAAGGAGGGGGAAGGAAGUUCUAUGGGUGGGGGAAGGGGGCGGAACCGGCUGCUGAGACGGCGGCGGUGAAGCGGUGA